CUCAAUGUCGAGUAAAUUAGAUAUUUUACUACAAUGGUUCAAUGACAAUAAAGUCCACUGGAAGAAAGAAUCAUUGAUCGUCAAAGAGAUCAACGGCUCUUUUGGUGUUUACGCCUUGAAAGAUUUGAAAAAGGACGAAACGGUCGUAAAGAUUCCAAAAGAAUGCAUCCUAUCAACAAAAACCUGUGGUAUCGCCAACAUCUUGGAAGAAGCUAAUCUAGAAGGAGGUUGUCCUCUCGCUUUAGCUGUACUUUAUGAACUUGCACAAAAGGAAGGAUCACCUUGGUAUGGAUACCUUCAAUCACUUCCUGAUACAGGAGAAGAUCUGCCCAUGUUUUGGACAGAAGAAGAAAAGUCAUGGUUCAAAGGCACUGAACUGGAAGAUCCUGUAAACAAUGACUUGAAUGAUCUCAAAGACGAUUAUCAUGAAUUAGUAGAGCCUUUAUUAGAUGAAUACCCUUAUAUAUUUAAGCGUGAAGGUGAUGACCCUUAUUCCUUUGACAAGUUUGUCAAGGCAUCUACACUCAUCUCUUCUCGUGCAUUUGAAGUCGAUGCUUAUCAUGAAAAUGCUCUUGUUCCAUUUGCUGAUCUGUUUAAUCACCGUGGUGAAGGCGAACAUGUUCACUUUCAAACCGAAUUUCAAGUAUGCGAGGCUUGCGGAGCACUUGAGUACUGUGAACAUGAAUAUUUCGACUUCCUUGAAGGUGAACAUGAUGAUGAUGAACAAGAUGAAUGGGAGGAUGAAGAAGAUGAACUGGACGAUGCGGCAGAAUCAGAGGAUGGAGAAGAAGAAGAAGAAGAAAUGGAUACUGAACUUCCUGAUCUGGAAGAGUUGGAGCAACAGAAUGUUGAUUUCUGGGAUAAAGAAGAAGAACCUGAAAAACAAGACACAUGCGAUAUGGUUCUUGAUCGGGAUGUUAAGAAAGAUGAAGAGCUCUUCAAUACUUAUGGCGACCUUCCUAAUGUUGCUUUGUUAAGUAAAUAUGGCUUCUGUUAUGAUAACAACAAGAAUGACUACGUGUCAAUUGAUGAAAAUUCUAUUGUUGAUUGCUGUCUUGCUGUUACUGCUGAACUUCUUCAAGCAAAGAACCCAAAGGUAAAGGAAGACGAAUUGGAAGCAUUGGCAAUUGAACAUACUCGACCAAGAUGGGAGCUUUUCUUGGAAAACGAACACAUUUUAUGCCCAACAGAGGAUGAAGAGGCAGAAGAUAUGCAUGAUGAUUAUGAGGACGAUUGUGAGGAUGGUUGCUGUAGUGGUGAUGACCAUGAUCAUGAUCAUGAAAAAGAUGAACAUGAGCAUGAUGAAGAUGGUGGCUGUUGUGGCGGUGAAGAAGAUGAAGAGAAGGGUCGAUCUCGUCCUUAUUUUAUCAAUUCAGAAGGACUUUUUGAAGAUAAGCUUAUGUGUCUGCUUCAUAUUAUGUUUAUAAGCGAUGCCAAGUUUACGAAAUUUACUGAAGAUAUCGAUAACGCAUUGGCAUACUUUGAAGAAUUAGCCAGUAGUCAAGGCCAAAAGACAAAGGCAUUGGUCGAAGUCAAACGUAAUGUUUACCAAGCAUGUCUUGCCCUUGCCGAAUUUAGAUAUAUGGAUUAUUCUGAAGAAAAUGGUGAAUGGAAGCCUGUUGAGAAAGAAAUCGAAGAACGUAAAAAGGUUCCUUCUGGCUCAAGAAAAUACUACGCACUUACACAACGUAUCAAUGAAAAGAAAAUCAUUGAAAGAGCCGUUGAUUACUACAAGAAGGCAGUUGACGAGUACUCUGUCUUGGUGGUUCCUUCAUCUGCAAAGAAUAAGAAAAAGAAGGGGCCCAAGAGAUUAAGAAAGUGAUAUUGUAUAUAGUUUUCUUGUUGCAUAUACGAAAUUUGUAACAUUGUAUUUUAUUAAAGGAGUAGAUAGACUAUUUUAUAAAGACAAUGACCUAUCAAAAUGCCUUGUUGUUUACCCAAUUAUCGAAAAUGAGUAAUGCAGCUUCUGGUUGAUAAUACGGGACCUCAUGUCCUGCUUCAUAAACGCGUAUAAACGCCAAAUUGUUUAUAGACUGUAUUUGACCGAGCUCGACACCCUGAUAUACCCAUGGUCUAAGCAUUUGGGCAUCAAAAAGCUUGGCAUCCUUAUGCUCAAGUUCCAAGGUGAGAGCGUAAAUGCCAUACUGAAAUAUCG